GUUCAGAUGGGUUACGUUUGAUGUUGGCAAUCGUUAAGUUUGGCAAACAGCUGACUGUUGCGUAAUUUGUGAAAAUGGCAAACAGGGUUUUGAAAUUUGGUAUUGCGUGCCGCCGAUUAUUUUCGAUCACUUCAGCGCAGAAUUUGAGGGUGCUGACAGACAUUGGCACAAGAACGUUCUCAAACCGCUUAUUUAAGUAUGGUGGGAAUAAAUUGUAUCUCACCUACAUACAACCAAGGAGAACAAUGUUCAUACAGACUCAGGAAACGCCGAAUCCAAAUUGUCUGAAAUUUUUACCGGGUGUGGAGGUUUUGGGGCCAGGUCAGACUAGGGACUUCCCAAAUGGGCAGUCAGCUCACUGUUCACCACUUGGACGCUUGUUGUUUCGCAUUGAAGGAGUUAAGUCAGUGUUCUAUGGGCCAGAUUUCAUCACAGUUACCAAGGUUGAUGAUGAUUCAGUGGAGUGGAAAAUACUGAAGCCAGAAAUCUUUGCAACUAUAAUGGAUUUCUUUGCUAGUGGACUGCCUAUCAUCACAGAUGAGCAAGGUCCAGCAGAUACACAGAUAUCUGAUGAUGAUGACGAGACAGUUCAGAUGAUUAAAGAACUGUUGGAUACAAGAAUUCGCCCUACUGUGCAGGAAGAUGGUGGAGAUAUUGUUUUUAUGGGAUUUGAGGACGGAAUUGUGAAGCUGAAGAUGCAAGGAUCAUGCACUGGUUGUCCGAGUUCCUCUGUUACUUUGCGAAAUGGUGUUCAGAAUAUGUUACAGUUCUACAUACCAGAGGUACUUGGUGUUGAGCAGGUGGAAGAUGAGAUUGAGAUAAUGACAAAGAAAGAAUUUGAAGAAUUCGAAAAGAAGAUUGGUGCUAAAGAAACAGAAAAUAAGAAUUAGGAAAUGAGUUUUUACUAGUUAUUUAUUUUUUGUAAAUAAGUUUACGUGUCACUGUACAUAAGAGAAUCUAUAGCAACUGUGUCAUGUAUUCACUAACAUGACAUUUUGUAUUGUUGAGUGAUACAUUUUCGAACUGAAAUUUGCUUAUAUGAUUUAAAGAUGUGUAGAAAAAAACAAAAAUAACUAGAUUUUUUUAUCUCUCUGUGCAUGUAACUUAUUAUUACUUCCUCCUUAAUGGAAAUCCAUUUUGUAAAUUACAACUGCAUCCAAUCUCAUACUGUUUAUUAUGUAUGCUGUUAAUCAUUUCACCACAUAUUCUGCAGCGGGUUUCUUUUGAAGCUAUUUCAUAUUCUAAUCACUAUAAUGAGGCCCGUGCCUUUUACUUGCGAUUGGGUUCCUUGUCACUAUAUGCUGCCAGAUAGUUAUAAAGCAUUGGUGCAUACAGAAAUUACAGGAAUAGGUCAGCAGUAAUAUUGCAUUUUGUCAUACAUCAGUAGUAUUACUUUUUGUCAUUCUAGUGAAUGUCUGGAUACAUUAAAUCUGACAUUUUCUCUUAUGCAAAGAGAAUACAAACAAAGAAAAAAUAAGGAUAUUUAUUUCAUUUUCUAAUUAAAUAAGAUUAAAAUCAUGUUACGGUU